AUGCUAGUCAGUGAGCUCAUUGAUGAUGACACGGGCCAGUGGAACAGACAGAAGGUGCAUAUAUUAUUUGCACCCAGUACCCGAUGUGAGAUUUUGGCCAUACCCUUGAAUGCUUUACACAGAAGGGACGAGUUAGAGUGGAAGGAAAACAGGGCAAGGAGGUUCUCAGUGAAAGAUGCGUACCAUGUUGCUAUUCGCCUUUCGCAUCAAGAUGGGGCUGAACACUCAAAUGCUCGGAUAGAUGGCAAGGUGUGGAAGACAAUUUGGGCUUCAAAGGUGCCACCGAAAGUCAGGAACUUUAUUUGGAGAGCGUGUUCAAACAUUCUUCCCACUAAGGAGAAUCUGCACAGCCGAAGGGUGAAGGUGGAGCCGAGAUGCGACAUCUGCUAUCAACAGCCUGAAUCAACCUCGCACUUGCUAUGGGAAUGUCCAAUGGCAAGGAAUGUGUGGGCAAGGGUGCAGAAAUGUAGCAACCAGGUGCAGGACUUCUUCCAACUUUGGCCAUUACACUCGUCCCCCAACGUACGUGACAAGAACAAGUAUUGCCGGUUCCACAGAGACCACGGCCACAACACAGAAGAUUGCAGAGACCUGAAGGAACAAAUAGAGGAGUUAAUACGGAAAGGAAAGUUGCAGAAAUUUGUAAAGAAAGGAGAACAUAGCAAGUUCAGAGACGACAACAGGACCCAAAAUGAAUCCUUCACUCGGGAUGACGACCAUACGUCCCAACCUCCACGCAAAGUGAACGGGGAGAUAAACACGAUCACGGGAGGACCAGUCUCAGGAGGGUCAUUCAGGUCGCUUAGAAAAGCAUACCACAGACAGGUAAACCGCGUCCACGCUAUUCCUCCGUCCAAGUACCGACGAACAUACCAAGAUAUGUCCUUUAGUGAAGGAGACGCCAGGGGAGUGAAACAGCCUCACAACGAUCCCCUGGUCAUAGUGCUGAAUAUAGAAGGGUUCAAUACCAGAAGAAUCCUUGUUGAUAACGGAAGCUCGGCGGAUAUCAUCUACCUCUCAGCCUUCCAGCAGUUGAAGUUAGAUCCAAAAAGGCUCCGUCCUUUUGACUCUCCGCUUGUCAGUUUCAGUGGAGACAGGGUCUACCCCAGGGGUAUAGUGACUCUGACGGUAACAGCAGGGACCUAUCCGUUGCAGCUGACCAAACAAGUAGAUUUCCUGGUUGUAGAUUGCCCCUCGUCCUACAAUGUCAUCAUUGGGAGGCCUACCCUAAACAAAUGGAAGGCAGCAACGUCCACAUACUGUUUGAAGGUGAAAUUCCCAACAGACGAUGGUGUAGGUGAAGUAAAGGGAGAUCAGGUCCUGGCAAGGGAGUGCUACCAGGCCGUACUGGCAAGAAAGGAGAACCACACGUGGACGAUAGAAGAAAAAGAGGAAGACAGAAUGGAGAUCCUGGAAGCAGUGGAGUUGGUAGAAGGAAAUGCGGACAGGACAACCAGGAUAGGGACGACGCUAAGCCCUGAGAUGAGAGCGAAACUCAUAAAGUUCCUUAAAGGGAAUCUUGAUGUCUUCGCAUGGAGUCACGAGGACAUGCCAGGCAUAUCUCCAGGGAUCAUCCAGCAUAGACUGAAUGUGGACGCCAACAGGAAGCCCGUUCAGCAACGACGAAGAACUUUCGCUCCAGAGCGAGAUCAGGCAGUAGCAGAAGAGGUAACCAAACUAUUGACAGCGGGGUUCAUCCGAGAGGUAUACUACCCAGAAUGGCUCGCCAACGUCGUCCUGGUAAAGAAACCAAAUGGAAAGUGGAGAAUGUGUGUAGACUUCACUGACCUGAAUAAAGCAUGCCCAAAGGACAGCUUCCCUCUACCAAGGAUAGACCAACUCGUGGACUCUACCGCUGGACACAAGUUGUUGACGUUCAUGGAUGCCUUCUCAGGGUACAACCAGAUAAAGAUGGCUGAAGAAGACCAGGAGAAGACCGCCUUCAUCACCAGCCAGGGACUCUAUUGUUACAAGGUGAUGCCUUUUGGGUUGAAAAACGCUGGAGCUACAUACCAGAGGUUGGUAAACAAAAUGUUCAACCAACAAAUUGGCAGGAACAUGGAAGUAUACGUAGACGAUAUGCUCGUCAAGAGUAAGGAAGAGCUCGCCCAUCUGGACGACCUGGAGGAGACUUUUGCAACCCUGAGAAAACACCAGAUGAAGUUAAAUCCUAGCAAAUGUGUUUUUGGAGUAGCCUCGGGAAAAUUCCUGGGAUUUAUGGUGUCCCAGAGAGGAAUAGAAGCCAAUCCAGAGAAAGUACAAGCUAUCAUUGACAUGGCUCCACCCAAAACCGUCAAGGAUGUACAAAAACUUACGGGAAGGAUAGCAGCUCUAAACAGGUUCGUCUCCAGGGCCACAGACAAAUGCUUGCCCUUUUUCAAAACCCUCAAGCAGGCCUUUGCUUGGACUGACGAAUGCGAAGCAGCGUUCCAAGAGUUGAAACGAUAUCUGAGCAGUCCACCCCUCCUGAGCCCGUCCAAAGGAGGGGAGAACCUAUAUUUGUACCUGGCAGUAUCAGCGUCGGCAGUCAGCGCAGCCUUGAUUAGAGAAGAAGGCAAGAAGCAACUCCCGGUGUACUACGUCAGCCAGGCCUUUCAAGGAGCUGAGUUCAGGUACCCAAGAAUUGAAAAGAUUGCGUUCGCGCUUAUAGUAGCUUCGCGCAAGCUCAGACCGUAUUUCCAGUCAAAUCCUAUCCUUGUAAUGACGGACCAGCCAAUCAAGAAGUCAAUGAACAAACCGGAAGCAGCAGGGAGAAUGGUCCAAUGGGCAAUCGAACUCAGUCAAUUUGACAUCGAGUACCAUCCAAGAGCAGCCAUCAAGGCACAAGCUCUGGCUGACUUCAUCGCUGAAUUCACUCUUCCAGACGAAGCAGGAACUACCGACGAAGUUGGAAAAUGGAUAAUACAGACAGAUGGUUCGUCAGCCCAAAAGAGGGGGGGAGUAGGGGUCGUCAUAACCACCCCCGACGGAGAAGUGAUGAAAUAUGGAGUUCAACUGGAGUUCCCAGCCACCAAUAACGAAGCCGAAUAUGAAGGAAUAUUGACGGGCUUGAGGCUUGGAAAAGCUCUUGGUGCCAAAAACUUGCUUAUCCAGAGUGAUUCAAAGCUGGUAAUCGGACAGAUCAGUGGAGAGUACGAGGCAAAGGAAGAAAGGAUGCAGAAAUACCUUAAACUGACGAGGCAGCUAACUCAGGAGUUCGACACAGUGGAUUUCGUCCAGAUACCAAGAAACCAGAAUAUUGAAGCUGACGAAGUGUCGAAACUAGCGUCGUCAGAAGCAGGAAUGACAAGCGCAGACGUGGCAAUAGAAAUUCAGAAAUGCCCAAGUAUUGAGGAGGUGGCAGUGCUCACCACCCAGAGCACAAACACCUGGAUGACGCCCUUGAUAUCCUUCCUCCGAGACGGACACUUACCUCAGAAUACUGACGAAGCCAGAAAGGUCAGAAAGAGAGCGGCUAGGUUCACGAUCCUAAAUGACGUCUUGUACAAGAGAGGCUUCUCUAUGCCCUACCUGAAGUGCAUCGACGAGGACGAGGCCAAAUACAUCCUAGAAGAGGUACACGGAGGAGUCUGUGGCGACCAUGCCGGCCCCAGAUCCCUAGUAAACAAGGUGAUAAGAGCGGGGUACUUUUGGCCAACCAUGCAGGGGGAUGCUGCUAACCUCGUCAGAAGAUGCAACAGAUGCCAGCGGUACGGGAAUGUACAACGGCUUCCAGCAGAGAAGAUGACGACUAUAUCCUCCCCAUGGCCAUUCGCGCAAUGGGGAAUCGACAUCGUCGGUCCUCUGCCCCAAGGUAAAGGUCAGGCUCUAGCAACCAUCACUGAGGCUCGGAUUCGGAGCUUCGUGUGGAAAAACAUUAUCUGCAGGUUCGGGAUCCCUUUGACGAUCAUAUCCGAUAAUGGGAAGCAGUUCGAUAGCCAAGGCUUCAGAGAGUUCUGCUCGAACCUCGGGAUCAAGAAUCAAUUCUCAUCCCCGGGACACCCCCAGGCAAAUGGACAGACGGAAGUAACAAACAGGACGUUGCUCAAGAUAAUCAAAACCAAGCUGGACGAAGCAAAAGGAGAGACACCCUUCAGGCUUACCUACGGCUCUGAAGCAGUGAUCCCAGUAGAAGUUGGAGUAACAAGCAUCAGGCGAGGAGCUUUCAGAGAGGGACUCAAUGACGAGGGACUGCGGUUCAACCUGGAUUGCUUGGAUGAAAUAAGAGACAAUGCGUCCAUUCGAAUGACAAAGUAUCAAAAGAAAAUGGCCGAGUAUUACAAUAAGAGGGUCAAACUCAGGCGUCUGGCCAUAGGGGACCUCGUCCUUCGCAAAGUCACUAUAGCUACUAAAGACCCGACUCAAGGGAAGCUGGGCCCUACAUGGGAAGGGCCAUAUCGCGUCGUUCAUUACUCUAGGCAGGGGAGUUACCAUCUGGAAACUAUGGACGGACGAAAACUCCCUCGUCCUUGGAACAUUGAGCAUUUAAAGAAAUACCAUGAGUAA